AUGGCGCGCGAUUUUACGUCAAAGCCGUUUCGUGAUGUCGUGCGCGAACAGCGUGGUCUUCUUGUCCACCCUCUCCGGUGGACUCCACAUCAUCUUGAGUUGCUGGGUUGUCGAUUCGAAGAGGCCCCAACGGCCCCCGUCUUCCCGGAGACUCCAAACGAUCAACGAAGACCUCCGGAGCGACCAGACCAUGCUGAAGUGCUAGCCAUGAGCUUAUCCCCUGUCACGAAGUGUUACUCUCUUGAGAACAUUCUGCUAGGCGAAGAGCCCAAAUCCACUAAGCCUAGGGACUACAAUUUCACUCCUCCGAAGAAGGAGCUCCUUUUUAUUUUCGAGGUCGGCGAGUUCACCAACCAGACUAUACCGUGUUCCAUCGUCACAGACACUCCCUCGGCAAUAUGUCAUUCGGGUUAG